AAUUUUUAAAAAAUUCUUCAAUUUUAUAUUUAUAUAUUAUGUUUUUAUUUUGGAUGGUCUCCUUAUUUUUCAUUGCAUCCGUAUCAACCUUCAGUCCAGUUCAUAAAUCAGAAGAAGAAAUUUUUAUGCCAUAUGAAGAUUCAUCGUUAAACGACUUAUAUUUAAUUACUUCAUUAAAUAAAAGACCAAAACAUUUAAUAAAUAUUUUUUCUUUACCAAACCAACAAACAAAUAAACUACAAUUAUCACCAAAACAACUUAAAUUUUUAUGUAACAAAUUUUUAAAAAAUAAUUCAAAAGAAUAUGAAAGAUUAUUAUUUUUAUCUAAAAAUAUUAAUUUAUGCAAAAAGGAAGAAAAAUUUAUGACGAAAAUAUUAGAAAAUGAAAAACGUUCAUCAUCUUCUUAUGAUUUUGUUCGUUUUGGGCGGCGUAAUUCUUUUCAAAUGGAUGGAAAACCAAACAAAAAGUCAAAUGGAAAUAAUGGAAAUACUUAUGAUUAUAUUAGAUUUGGGUGA